UUCUUCGAAUAACAUGUCAAACAAAAUACGAAAGAAAAAGAUUACAGCCAAUUAUAAAGUUAAAGAACCUAUCGGUAAUUUUAAAUUAAGAGUCAAAAUCGUACAGCAAAGGCCUUUGCUUGCAGAUCUCCUCGAAAACGAAGGGGAUACCAGAGACUCGAAUUUUCUUGAAGAAGAGGAUCGUAUUUUUAGCUGGCAAGAAAAAGUAUUUAGCCCGUUUGAAGCGACUUUUUACAGUGACCAGAACAAUUGUCUGACCGAACAACAGAAACUAUAUUACCAACAAAUCAAAGAUAACGAUAUUCAAGGUUCUCAAUUGUACACAUACACCAAAAAUGAUUCUUAUUACUUGGAGAAUGAAUUAUUGACAGAACCGUGUAAGACAAGAUUAGGGAUCAGAAAUGAAACUGCAUUACCGGCCUUGCAAAAUCGUAAACCUUUCCAGGAAAGGUAUAAUAAAAUAGUGCUGGAUGAUGUACCUAAUAAAACAAGGAUUCGUAUAAACCAUUACCUUUACAUGGAACGUUCUACGAUGUAUGUCAUGGUUGAUUUAUCUCAACGAGAUAAAACCUUAACAAGUUCUGACGAUGAUAUGGAAACGGUAUUGUGUGUCAUUACGUAUGACGGGUUGCACAAAAUUUUCUCAAUCAAUCCUGAUUUUACGGACGAUCAUUGUUACAUUAUCGCGAAUUCCAAUGGUGUUAAAUUUAAUUAUUGGCUCGAGCAUGCUUCCGAGAAACCAUCGUCAUUGGAAUUGCAACAACAACAAAACGAAGCGCGACGAGAAAUCAGGAACCGAUCAUUGUACAAGGAAGCAGAAAUAUCUCAUGGUAUACAGUUGACAUCACCUGAUGUAUACAAAUUCUUUAUAAAAUUGGAUAUUCUGUCGGUUCAUAAUUUUUUCUUUGAUGGACUCUCUGUCUCUUACCAAAUGAACUUACCAGAACAGUGGAGCACAAAUAAAGAGGACAGAUUAUUUGGAAGAACCCAGAGAUGUAAUUUGAUAAAUAAUUCUGCAUAUUUUAGUUAUGCUACAGAGAUGACACUAGAUCUUCAUUCAGCAAGUAUUGAAACAGAAGAUACUGUACCGUGCUGGCCAAGAUUAUUGUUAUCAGUUAUAUCCCUUGAUAGUUGGUCCAGGUAUCGUACAGAAGGUUAUGCUAGUGUACCUUUGCCUGUAUUACCUGGUUCAUAUAAAUUCAAUAUUCCAACAUGGAGAGCAACAGGAAGUAUUAUUAAUUCUCUUAGAAGGUUUUUUACAGGUGGUACUUAUGAACUGGAAGAUAUAACAUACUGUGGUAUUCCUCAAGGACACGAAGGUAAAAUGUUAAGUAAGUCACAAUUAAAUGUCACUCCAAGUGGUAAUAUAAAGUUAAAUAUGAAUAUUGUUCAUCAAACUAGUUCUGCUAAAGAUAGAGAUCAGUUAGAGUAUCUUCAACAUUUGAGUACAGAUAAAUUUAUGACUAAUAUAGAAAAUAUUUUUGAACAGUUUAAAGCAGCUAGAGAACAUAUGUUGAAAAUUAAAAAUUUAAAUAUUUAAAUGUAAAUAAUAAAUUAAUAGUAAUAAUAGAUUUUUAUUUUA